AUGGUGGAUAAUGAAUACCAUGAUGUUCUUGACACAUCUGACGGAGUAAAUCCUUUGGACGACAUAGGAAGAAAGGCAACUAAUUGGAAUCCCCAGGGGGCUGCAAAAACUAAAAGCAACGCGACCCAUGAUGGCGGAAGGAGACACACAACUGACAUGAAAGGAAUCGCAUCGAGAAGCGGAAGCAUUAACUUGUACGAUAACAUAACCGAUAGUCUGUCCAAAUUAAAAACGAUAAUAAAAUAUGACCAGAAGAACGAUAUGGAUAAGGGUGGGGGAGAGGCGCAACAAGGGAAAGCACACGAAGGAGGGCACUGUAAACUAGCUAAAGACGGACCUAAUGAUGAAGCUAAGUACCGUUUCUUGUGCAGAACGGAGACUACGAAUGGGGAUCCAAGUCACAGGCAAAAAAGGGAUGAGAGGAAAUCGCACAGAACGAACAACGAAGAGAAGGAACUGUUGAGGAGCAUAGCCAAGGCGAAUUCGUUAAAAAAAAUAGAAAAAAAUAUAAGUCUCUUGUUAAGAUCGGAUGACGAAGAGGGGGAUGUGGAAGAAGAAAAAGAAGAACACCAUUAUGACAGAAGUGAUGAAUGCGUGGCAGUGGAACCUGGCACAGUGUUUACAUCGUUGCAUGAUUACGACCAAAGGGAAGUCUGUUUGCCAAAGCAACCCCACCCAUCCAUUGUACAAACGGAUGGGGAAAUCAGAAGAAAGAAUUGUGAUGAAGCAAUCGAAAUGGAUAGGGACGUGAAUUAUAGGGUCAAUGCUAAUUCUAAAAUGGUAGGAGGAUUAGGCGGUCUGGAGAAAAUUCCUCAUUUUAGCAGCACAGGAAAUGAGGACAGGAUAUGUUAUAGCAAGGACCUGGUUCAGAGCGGGUAUGCCAACAUGGUCGAUACGGAUAUGGCUCACAGCACGGAUGGUCCUUCGUGGAAGAAACAAUUGGAUCUAUCAUUCCUAACAACGGAGGAUCUUAAGAAGGAAUUUAGUUUUUACUCCCUGAGCGAAAAGAACAGCGUGCACAAGUUUUCCCUUCAUAAUAAUGACAUGUUGGAUCUGAGCCAAAUUUCGAAUUUUUCAAAAUUUUCGAAUUUUUCCAACGGGUUGAGAGGAUCCAGGCGGUCCCAUUUCGCCAAAGGGUCCAAGCCGAAAGAGGCACCGAUGAGCGAUAGCAACACGUCAAUCAGUUCGUUCACCUUCAAUGGAAAUUCCAGCAAUAUUAUUGGGAGAAAUCUGGAAGGAGAAAACGAAUCUGACCGACGGAACCAUCAUGGCGAACACGGAAUCAAUUCAGCCAUUGCCCUGAACAGUGAUCACAGUGCAAAGAUUCAAGGCAGAGUUUUUUCCACCACACCAAACGGAAUAUAUAAUAAAGGGUUUAGCAAACAAAAAAAAUCAGACACAUAUAUAGCGGUGGAUAAUACUAGCAGUAAUAGCGGAACGUAUUACGAGAAUAGUCUCAAAAGUAACAGAAGUAAUUUAGGAACUAGUCGCCAGAACACGUUAGAUGAGAGCCAUAGGACUUACUUAGGUAGUGGAGAUUUCUUUGAUCCUAAUUUAACUCAAACGAAGGUGGACAGAAAUGCCUUGCCUGGUCAGGUAAUUUUUCACACGAAAAAUAUUGAAAUGAAUGAAUCGUUACAUAAUAUAAAUGCUAAUGGGACAAAUCCGAAUGGUAAUUCCAGUUGGAUAAAAAGUGGUGAAAGGGCUUCCUUAAAAAACAGUGGUACAUAUAUGAGAAGAAAUUAUCUUAUCCAAAACAACAGCAACGAUGUAGAACUGGCCCAUUCACAAAUGAGUGCAGGAGUUAAGGAAAUCACAACUGAUCAUGUGAUGGAUCAUGGAGCAAAAGAAAAGAGAAAAGAAAACGUACACCUCGGGUUAAACAUCGACUUUGACAAUAAUAUUUUUAAAAACUACAACAAGGAGAAGAAAUUAGAAGAAGGUAAAAAAUGUGGUAGUGAUGUGGAAGGACGAUUGCCUUCUGAGGAAGGGAUGAGCGAAGUACUUACCCACGCUGCUUCAUCAGGUAAAGCUCCAGUGAAAGAUGAAGCGGAUGGUACUCUCCCCAUCAGUGAAGACGAUGUGGAUAGAAAAAAUAUUAAUGAAAUUUAUAAAAAAAUCAACUCUAUUUCUAUGCUCAAUGAUCUUAGUUUGAAUAAGCUGGAAAGCCUCAAUAGCAGUAUUAUGGACAUAUAUACAAAAAAUAACGAUGAAGGGAAAUUCCUCGAUGAUGUAAUUUUGGACGAUAGUAUUUUUAUUAAGUCUAACACUCUCUACGGAGAGGAAGGCAGUCCUCAUGCUGCCACCGCUCAAGCGGACCUUCCCCCCGAGGAGUACAGAAAAAGGUUUUCCUUUUCGUCUGACCCAGAUGUGGCGGAUAGCCUUUUUAAAAUUUCACUCAGUUGCAACGAGGUCGUUCUCCCCACCUGUGAAGCCUCUCGUUCAAGGGGUGAAACUGAGUCCACGCAUAGCAAUCGCCCAAAGGUGGAAGAAGCGAAAACGCAACCACCUCCAAUCGUUGGACAUACACCAAGUAAUGAAUGCGAAGUUAAAACAACUGAUUGUCAGUUUAAGCAACGUGGAGAAGCGAGGGAAACGUCGAAAUUUAGAGAAACCAUAGAGGAGCAAUCCCAACGAAGGAGCAACUCCAUUAACCAUUUGAAGGACAAGUAUAGCAAAAGGAAGGAUGACACGAUGGAAAAUGAAAUGAAGUUGUUCGAAUCCCCUUCCCAAUUAGAUAAAAAUUCGUUGCUCAAAAAUACGUUGACAUUGCAGCGUAGUUAUAACAAUAUGGAAUGGAGAAAAUAUAAGACAACCACCUUGGACCAAUUCAGAACCCCUUCCACUGAUUACCUACUUAGUGGAAAGGAUCAGAUGGAGAAAAGUAUUUUUUCCCGAUCGUCUGUCAACAAAACGGACAGUAUAAAUAGUUCUUCAAAACAGGGCAUGUAUAAGCAUGACGAUAGAUUAUCUAAAAACGAGGUUGAUAAUCUGCCAAACUUAUUUUUAAACAAGAGCGUAUUUUCGAAAUGCGCUGACAUGGUCAGUAAAACCUCAGACAUGAACAACACAUUGAAAAAAUCAUAUGAUGAGGAUGCUUCCGAUGAUCCGCAUGCAUGUCCAUCAAGAGGAAAUGACAUAAGGAGUGAUUUGAACAGUUUUUCGAUUAGUAAUUAUUCUUGUCUCACAGGGAAGACAAACAAAAGGGAUCAGAUUAAACAAGCCAAUUCCUUUUCAUCUGUUUUUCCGCAUGAUGAUAAGGCGAACAAUGGAGAUCCUUCUCACUGCUUUCGCGGCGGCACCAACGGUGGAAUGAGGCGCAAGAGAAGCAUAAGUGACUGCGAGGGAAAAAGUGCAAAUGCGUAUAAUGAUAGCAGUGUUGACAAAAUCCACGGCGACAAUGCAAAUGGGUUGAGAGACAGUUCUGCGUAUGAUACACUGGAGACGAAAUGGGCUAUCGGGGGUAACCGUCCCGAGGCUCAAUGUACUGAUGGUGAGUCUGUCAGUUGUAGGAAUAACAUGUUAAUCGGUGCAAGUGGAAGUAGCAUGCAAUGGAGCAGACAGGGCGAAGUGAUAUGGAGCAAGACAAAGGAGGCGAGGGGAUCCAGCACAGAGUCUCGUGGCGUGCCAAAUGAGUUGGACAUAUCCAAAAGGGCAAGUCAUUGCGCAGUUAACCACCUUAGUGGUUCAUGCGCAGAAGAUGGUGCUGGGUUUAUUCCCCACAGAAAUGAAGACACCACUCAUAUGCGCAACCUCUCCUAUGACGGAGCGGUGAUAAAUGGAAAAAUGAGACAAAGUCAAAAUGAUAAUCCACGUUUUUUAAGGCAAUUGAGUAGAGGGACUGACUGUGAAGAAUCUUCAUCUGUCAUGAGGUCCAAUGGGAAAGAGGUACGCCCUAAUGAGGGCAAGUUCUGUCCACUCGAUAAGAACACCACUCUGGAGGGGGAAGAGGUAUCCCCAAUGAUGAAUAACAAAAAUGUAGAUGGAAUAAACUACACAUCGCAACGUUCGAAAGAUGAUGAUAUUAAGCACAGUGGGAUGACAAGCAUGGGAGAUAUUAUCCAUUUCAGCCAGAACAACUCCUCCAUUUUUUUUUUCGACAACAUACAUAACUCAUCGGAGUAUGAUUGCAUUCCGAAGCCUUUGCAUAGUUCGUACUUUGAGAAUAAGCGUAAGAUCUCUCGGGAAGGGAAGGAACUAAUUGAAGAAGACCAAACGACAUUUCAAUCGAAUGGAAACACAUUUGAGAGGAUCACCAAAGGGAAUGUUUGUAGAACAUCUCCCCUAUCAGACGGCAACUCCCUUAUCACACGCCCCAGCAUGAAUGAAUGCUUACGUUAUCCAAGUGGGGAGAAGGAAAAACAUUUUGAAAAGAACAUAAUGCGGCCGGGGACAAUACAGAGAAAGAUGAGCAACGAAGGGGUACCUGACAGACAAGGGUAUCCAACAAAUCAGACUACAUCAUGGAGGGGAUUGCAAAGAAGUAGUAGCAGCGUGUUGGUUAGUGGAUCUAGUGGAAAUAUCACACCAUCUGUGGGUUUUGUCGAUGAUCCCACAGUUAAGGAAAACACGCAUGACGAUGGAAAUAGCGGUGUUGGUGUAGUUAUCGUAGAACAAGGCGUGCAACAGAAGGGUCACACUGAUCAGAGUACCACCACGCGUAGUGAUGAGACAAACGAACGGAGCUUCGAACAAGUGCAGUUCCAAAAGGGUAUGGAACAAUCGAGAGAAAAAGGGAAAGCGGAAGAUAAGGCGUCAUGUGAUGCGCCAGGCGAAGGUGCGAAUGAUGUAUUAGAAACUUGCAGCACCAGUUACUCCUUUGAAAAAAGUGAAAGGAGUGGAAUAAAUGAGCAGAAAAGGGAAGAAGGGAAAUCCUACCAAUAUGUACUGAAGGAAGAUUACCAAAUAUGUGAGCCUGCGCAGAGAGGCGGUAGAAGCGUAGCAACAGAGUAUGCCUCAAUAAAUGUGGAAAGAGGAAAUGUAGCAGAUGAAAAUAUAGGAGGUGCAAAUGGAGAGAAGAGCAACACGAGGAAGGUAGCAAUUCCACCAAGGGAGGAGGAAAGAAGAAAAAUGCAUCCUAACUCCUACGAUGAAGGAAAAAAUAAUAGAAGGACAUCGCCCUGUAGUGGACAAGGAAGAAACACAUUUCCUGGUGAAUCAAAGUGCGUUAACGGUUACACAGGAAGGAAGGAGAGCACAAAUGGAUCCCGCCCCAAUAGUAUGUCCAAUGAUGUGCAUGAGAAUAGCGAGAUUCGGAAGGAGCAUCAGAGCAAUGACAAUGAAGAGGUUUCCUCUGGGAAAAGUGUCUAUGCAAAUAUGCAUCUGCGUAGUGGUAGCAAACGUGAUGAUCAUUCCAAUCCCAGAUAUUUUAAUAACAAACCGAGUGUGGAUUAUCAAGUAAUGCAGGACCCAGGGGGGAAGACCACCGACUACAUGGGAAGACAGAAUCAUGAAGAAACAUCUAGGAGGAAUACACAGUACACUAAAAAUUCAAAUGCCUCUUAUGGAAACCCCUACAGAUGCAACAGUGGUCAUGCGGGUUAUAUGAAACAAGGUGGACACAUCUAUGAGCAUGCUUCUGAUGAAUGCGAAACAUUUUUAUCACAAUGUGGAGAGGAAAACUACACAUCACACAAGGGUAACAUCAGUGAUUACCCCCAAGGAAGGUAUUUCAGUAAAGGAAAAUGGGGAGACGAAUUUUAUCCUAAUCAUUACAAUGAGGAAGUGAGAAAUAAGGGGGAAAUAUCCAGGGGUGGUGCAUUAAGUGAAGAUACAUAUCUCGGUGCAGUUAAUCUAGAAGUGGUGGAACAGAACAGGAGCGAAAGUCGCAGUGGGAGAUGUAUGCAUCAGAAGGACGAGAAGGACGAACAUGGUAACGGUUUUCAAUCAGAGAAGAAUUCGAUGAGAGAUAAAAAUGCGUAUGAGAGGAACGACUCGUUAAAUACAAUUCAACCUUACCGAGUGAACCACCCGAGGGAGGAGGGGGAAAGGAAGAUAAGUGCGCAUAACUGUGGAAACGGAAGAUGUUCUCAUCCAAGUAACAUACACACAGAGGGAUAUGGCCGAAAAAACAUAAAAGACAUGGACUUGAAAAAGAGUAACGAAAUAAUAAUGGCACCAGACCGUUUGCAAAACGUAACUGAUUCAACCAACCUUGAAAGGAUGAAAGGGAGGAACACAUAUGAUUACGCCGGUGAAAAUUUCCCUCAGGAGAGACCAAUACAAGAUUACCCUUAUGGUAGAUGCCAAAGCAGAGAAGGGAAUUAUACAAACGAGCAGUUCAGAAAAGGGGACAACUGUCCUGGUAGACCUAUUGUAGAAAUGGUUCCAAGCAGGUCGUAUGAGUUAAAAACGGAUGAGCAAUUUGAAGGAGCCAUGAUCCAACACAAGUACAGGAAAAACGGAACGCAGCAUUAUGAGGAUGAGACAAGUCAGCCGACUUAUCCCUUCACGGAAAUGCUCCCAAAUGAUAAAGUUCAUUCUGGUCAUUUGGGUAGUCUUUCAAGGGAAGAGCAAUUCGUCAAGCGCCUUAUGGAAGGAAAUGUUCGUGAUAGGUAUAACUCUUUGGGGGGAUGCGAAGGGUAUGAAAAUUGGUCCCAAAGGGAGGGAGGGAUUGUGGAGGGGGACAAGGAGAGGUAUGGUCCCAGUUGGAAUCGCGACGGAGAGUACCAACGUGGCGAACCUUGCGGAAAUUACCACGGGGAGAAGCGCUACGGAAGUCACCACCACCCUCUGUACGAAAACUUGGACGAGCACAGUGCGAUGGUUUCCCCGCCAAACAGAGUGGAAAAAUCGAAAACGAACGUAAAAAUUGUGGACCAUAAUUAUUCUUCCGUUGGGAACCCCUAUGGAACAGAUUUUUACGGACCAGUUAUGCCAGAUGGGGCGUAUGUAAAGGCACACACAUCUUACGUGGCCUAUGGGGGGGGAUGGAAAUGGAAGGAUAGCAGUACACAACCCGUUGGAUGUGCACACGUAGAGGGAAAGAAAGAGACCAUUUAUAAUUAUAAGGAGGCACAUUUAAAAUGUGACAUGGUAGGAGAGAUACAUGAAGGGAAAAACAUGGGUAGUCAAGAUUAUUAUGAGCAAUGCUUACACGUGGAUGGAAGAAGCGACACUGCACUUCCGCACGAUUACUACUUCGAUGAAGGUGCGCUAAGGGAAGGUGCGCUAAGGGAAGGUGCGCGAAGGGAAGGUGCGCGAAGGGAAGGUGUGCAAAGGGAAGUUGUGCGGCGGUAUAGUAAGUAUGCCCAGGAGGAGUUGCACAGGAAAGGUGAAAAUGUAACAAUGCUCCAUCCUUCUGGAGUGUCAAGGGAUGUAGAUAGUCACAUGGGUAGAGUAGUUCCCGCCCCGUCAUGUCAAUACAGUGGCAACAACAGUGGUGGGCCAGUAGCACUUCAUUACGAUGUGAAAAGAGAGGAUAAUACGCAUGGAUUGACCCCCCAAAUAGGUGACGACUAUCCAAAUGAAAAUAAAACGUGGAAUUGCAGAGAAGGAAAGAAUGAACUACCUUUUCGAAAGGCCAACACAAAUUAUGAGUAUUACAAGGUGGCUAGAGACAUGGGAACUAACCUUGAUGGUCGCAUAUUUAGACACUCUGAUGGAGACACAAUUCAUAGGGGAGGCAUGUCAAGAGGAAACUACCAGGUGGAUCACAAUACAAGUAGUACCAGUGGAAAGGAUGCCAAUUAUAACGAAUUGCUUUACGAACUGUUUAGAGAAAAUAUAGAUAGCCAAGGGAAGGAAAAGAACACCCAAGUUCUAAAUAAAAUUAUGGAGGUUAUGAUGAACAUACAGAAUGAUUUGAAGGACAUGAAGUGUAAACUAAUCAGAAAGAAGAAAAACGAUUCUCCAGGGGGGGGAGAUGCUCCAAGUGAGGAUAGUGGUGAACCGAAGGGUCAGCGUGAUCAUCCGUGCAACAGAAGAAGUAAUGAAAGAUGUGGUCGUGAAGGUGAAAGUGGUGAAGGUAAAAGUGGUGAAGGUGAAAUUGGUGAAGGUGUAAUUGGUGAAGGUGUAAUUGGUGAAGGUGUAAUUGGUGAAGGUGUAAUUGGUGAAGGUGAAAUUGGUGAAAGGAAGGGCCAAUCCAAAUGCCUUGAUAGCAGCCCAGACGAACGCUCCUCCUCUCUGAAUAACCGAGAACAAGAUGCGAAUCUGACACCCGUCCUAAAGAAUCUGAACUACGAAGACGUGAAGGACUCAGCUAUGAGCAAGUCGAAUAGGUUAUAUUUAUUCAGCAAAUUUUUCACUUCCGUUUUUUCUGAGAAAAAUAUGAAGACGCAUAAUUUUAUUAUGUUUAAUAUAUACAACACGGAUCAGAAGAGACAGACCCACAAAGUGUCUUUGUUCUUGGAGAGGGACUACAACGACAUCUACAGUCUGGCGUACAACAACUUACUAUUCUACUCCUUUGAUUGUUACAACUUCUACAAGUAUAUAAAAAGCAAAUUCCAAGGAAGUUACAAAAUAUAUGAAAAUUCUACCUUGUGCCUUUACAUACAGAAUAAUUACGAGACCAACUUGAUUAAUAGGCUUUUUAUUGAACAGAAUAAUUUGCACAAAAGCAGGUUUCACUUAAAUGAGAAGAGGAUUUUGAAGACCUGCACCAAGUAUGUAGUGGAAUCGUUUCUCUCCCUUCUAGAUAAGCAGGUUAACAUAAAAAAUGUCAUUCCUUUUAUGAAGAAGAGGAACUACGAGAUCGACCAGAAGAAUUUAUAUUUUUUCAUCUCGAGGUUUAACUUGAUGGAUAAAAUUUUUAGUGAUUCCCAUGGCUUCGAAUGCAACAAAAAAUCGUUUGAGAAAUUCUCCCCCAAUAUGAGAAAUUUCGCCAUUUUUUUUAAGUACAUACGGGAUGCCUCCAACUUUUAUGACAUGCUGGUUGGGGCGGAGGCACCGCAGGAGGCGACUUCUGAGCCAGGUUGCCCGACACACCCCACCAACGAUGCACCUACCACGGAUUAUGCCCCUUCUAAUCAUACCUAUCGGCUUAUCAUCGUGGCCCUGCACAAAGGGAAAUCGUUCCACUACGACAAGGCUCCCAUGAGUAGCUUUAUAAAAUCGGGGCAAAGUGAUAUGCACCAAUAUUAUAACAAUUACGAUUCUAUGUCUUUCUCCAAUGAUGAAGUGGUCCUGUUCAACCUAUCCUAUGCAGUUCCCUUUUACUACAUUGAAUACUACAGGGAUUAG